AACCAUCCUCCCCUCAAAUCCAUCCAUCUACCACAAUAAAAAAGAAAAGAAGAAAAAAAUUAAUAAAAAUGACCUCCAUUAAUAAACACCUUCAUCUCCGGAUCGCAAAUCUUCUUCUUCUCCUUCUGGUUGCUCUGUUUUUUUCCCCCAUCGAAUCCCACUCCGUCCAUGUCUCAGACCUGUGCGAAUCCGUGUGCCAGAAGAGCACCAACUACGCGUCGUGCAUCAAAACCAUAGCAGCCGACCCGCAGCUGGCGAAGGCGGGGGACGUCAAAACCCUAGCCAUCCUCGCGAUGGAGAAGGCGAAGAAGCAGUCGGCGACGCUGACCAAGAUGUUCGACGAGAUGGAGAAGAAGAACGGUGGCGGCGGCGAUCCCAAGUUUCAGGAGGCGCUUAAGCUGUGCUCCAAGGAUUUCAAGGACGCCAAUUUCUUCUUCAACCCUCAAGAGAUGGGCCCCAUAUUCGAGAGCGAGGACAUCCACUCGGCGCUUGACUAUUACCAGAAUUGCAAGAGGCUGUUGAAGCGGAAUGGGGAUUUCGACAAGGUGGGGCCCGAGCUGAGGAAGUGGAGGCAUUUUUACACCAUCGCCAGCGGGGCGAUUCUCAAGGGGGAGGCUGAUUUCCGUGCCAAAUCGGGUGAUCUUCUUGCCGGCGGCAGCGUCGCCGGCGGUGGAAGCGCCAGUGCCCCCGCCAGCGGUGGCAGCAACGUCGACAGUGGAAGUGCCAGUGCCCCCAGCAGCGGCGGCGCCACCGGCAGUAGCGGCAGCACCGGCGGCACCGCUGGCGGCAGCGCCCCCAUGGGCAGCAUUAGCAGCAUGAUUGACCCCGGCGUCAGGAGCUUCUUCGACAGCUCCAGCGGCGGAGGCAGCAGCAUUGACGUCGGUAGCGGCAGCGGCGGUGCCAGUAGCAGCAGUGGCAGUGGCGGUGCAAGCAGCGGCGGCGGCGGCGGCAGUGCCGGCACCGGUGGCGGUAUCGGGCUUCCUCCUUCAGAUUUGCCGUGAAUGAAUUUGUAAAUUUCAUAAAAUUUCUAUUAUUUAUAUUUAUGGUUAUGUAAUAAUGUAGAGGUCAUUUGGUUGGUGUAUUUAGAAGACGUGUCAUUUGGUCAAAUAUAGAUAUUUGACAAUAUAUGUAUUUUUAGAUGCAUUUUUUGUUUAAAAAGUUUUGAUGAGUCUUUUUUCAAUAAGUCGAUUGUCAUUGUAUAACGUUACUUUUCAUUUUCUUAUUUUCUAUCUUAAUAAAGCCAGCCACGGAAACAAUUUCAAUUUUACAACCAAAAUUUAACAUAUGAUUUGGGUAUUAGACUAUUAGUUAUGUAUACUACUAUUUUUUAAUUUAGAAUAAGAAUUUUAUGUUAAC